UCUCUCUCUCUCUCUAUACCUCUCUCAUGGGGAACAAGCCGGCGUGCAUGUCGCUGGCGCCGGCGGCGGCGUCUGCGUCGGCGAGCGGAGGAUGCUGCAAGGUGACCCACGCGGACGGGAGGGUGACGCGGCUGGCGAGGCCGGUGCGGGCGUCGGAGCUGAUGCUGGACCACCCGGGCAAGUUCGUGUGCGACGCGUGCCGCCUCGCCGUCGGCUGCCGCGUCCCCGGGGUCGCGGCCGACGAGCUCCUCCAGCCGCGCCGCGCCUACUUCCUCCUCCCCAUGGACAUGCUCUACUCCGUGCUCACCGACGACGAGAUGGCCGCGCUCUCCGCGGCCUCCCACGGCGCCGCCACCGCCGCCUGGAGGAGGAUCGUGAUCACCACCACGAGACGCCGACGGGGCAGAGGCAGCAGCAGCGGCCGCCGCGGCGACUCGAGGCAGAGCAGUGGCGACGCCGGCAGGGUCUUCCCGGUCGUCGGCCUGCUGCAGCUCCAGGACGCCCCCGCCGGGCACCCCACGAUUGGCGUCAAGUCGAGCGGCCGCGCCGCCGGCACCGUCGGGCUGAGGCGGCUCCGUUCGUGGCAGCCGGUGCUGGACACCAUCGAGGAGGCGCCGUGACGCCACGCGGCGGCCGGCCCGAUCGGCCGGCCGGUUGGUGCCACGCUAGUGUUAGGCAGCUAGCUUGAGCUGGCUCUCGAGUGUACAUGAUCGAAUUAGCUUCUUCUAGCUUUUUCUUUUUCCUUUUUCAUUCUUUUCCUCUCUCUUUCAAAGUUCACUGCAAUUUUUUUGGCCUGUGUCAAAUUGACAAAUCUGUCUUUUCUCUAUCCACAAGUAUACAAAUAAAGAAGAUCCUGGGCACAUAA